GCUCAGGCGAGAGCUCACACACAGCACUCAUUUCAGCGCAGCCUGGAGGCCUGGGGGUGUGGGGAGGCGGACCCCGGACACCACGCUGAGGGCCCGAUGUAGAUAUGUCACUGGGAGGCCAGCGCUCACGCAGAGGCUGCAGGGGCGGCCCCCGAACGCCGGCCUGGAUCCAGACGCCAGUUCCACCACAUGCUCCCCGGGGGACGCAGAACAGGGAAAGUGACCCCCCUUUCCAGCCCCCAAUUCCUCAUCUGUACAUUGAGAUAACAGCGGUGCUGCCUCCUGGGCAUGGGGUUACUCGAGUUGCCGCCCGUGAGCACCAGGAUGGGGUCUGGCACGUGCUCAGCGACGGUGGGGGCCACGUGCCUCUGAGUCCUCGGAACCAGCAUGAGGCCUGGCGCAGGGCGCGCUCGAAAGGCUCUGUCACUGGACGGACUGACAGGGAGUGAAUGGAUGCACGGAUGCCCGAGCAAACCCGGGGAUAACUGUCAGACUCAGCGGUGUGACAGGUGUCAGGACGCAGUCUACAGAGAGACGUGCAGUUUGUGGGUUUCGUACUAUCCCCAGGUCAAGGCACCCAUCUACAGUAAAUAUUUUAAAAUCACGGUACCUUGCCCCUAGCCACUGGCCAGCGGUUUAAUAAAAACAGGACUAGAGAGUGCCCAGGGCCUGGCUAACGGCUUCCAGCACUAAUCACGGCAGCCACAGACGUCUGGCAUUGUCACAGAAGCCGGUUCCUCGCACACUGAGCCCCCGCCUCCCUUCUGCAGGCCCCAGCAUCAGGGAUCUAAGGCCUGACACUCUUGCAGACCCAGGAGAGGCUGUGAUGAAACAGAAAUGUCACAGGACUUCCUCCCCGACUGUCAGAAAACACCGUUUGCUCCUCUGCUGCUACUCCAUCACGCGAGGCCCUUUACUGUAAGUGUACGUGCCCUUAGCAUCCCUCCCUCUUACAUAUGGUUUUAAAUUUUUUUUAUUUAUUUUAUUUAUUUGGCUGCACCGGGUCUUAGCUGUGGCAUGUGGGAUCUAGUUCCCUGACCGGGGAUCGAACCCGGGCCUCCUGCACUGGGAACACGGAGUCUUAGCCACUGGACCACCAGGGAAGUCCCUCCCUCUUAUAUUUUUAAACACUCACACCUUAGACAUGCUUCACUCCAAGCCAGAGGAUGCUCCUGCAAGGAGGUAAAGGGUCAGAAAGGCUGGCUUUAAGAGCCGAGCUCACCAGAGCAUGUUCUAGAACUCGUGAGCAGGAAAGGCCUGCUCAGUGUGGGUCUCUGUGAAACAAAAUGCUGGCUGGGGACUGGGAACCAGGCCUGCAUGACCAGCCCCUUUUCUCCAACAGCUAUUAGUCACAGGCUCCAUACACCUGAAAUCCAAGUGUCCAGGCCCUUCCUUGCUACAGAAAGCACUGAAUUAGAUUCUGAUACUGUCCGCUGCCUCCGUCAGGCAGCCACUAUCCGCGCAGGCUGGGGCAGCGCGGGGACUACACACGGCUCUGCCUCGGGCCUGGCAGGUGCUGUCAAGAGAUGAGAAAGUGCCCCGUGUCAGCUACGUUCAGAAGACAACGCCUGGCACGUGAGAGGCCCCGGAAGGUCCUGGUUCAGAGACGGGUCUAAUUUUGUUGCACCGCACCCCUGACCACAUCUCACUCAGAGUCGCCUGCCUCCUCCUCGCAGAACCAACCAAUCAGGGCACUGCAGGUAGACGCUCCUUGGAACCGCUCGUCUGGGGAGCUUAUUAAAAUACUGGGGCCCCAGUCCAGAGGUGGGGCCAGGGCAUCUGCAGUCCUAACAACCCCCACGGGGGAUCCUGCCGCACAGGGAACUCAGGGUCCAGUGGACGCUGACUUCCUGCAGCAAACGGACGGGAAACUGCACGAAAGCCACUCACCAGGUGGCGCUGCAGGAGUGCGCAGAACGGACCGUAUCCCAGCUCUGCCCGCGACAGUAGAGGGACUACCGCCAGGCCCACCACCCCUUGCGUCUCUGCCACCCGGCAGCACUGACAACCCGCACAAAACUGUUAGGCGCUGAGCAGGAUGCCCUCCACACGCAUUAGCUGCUGCAGUGAAGUUCACUGAACGCCACUCUUGUCAUCUUGACCCGACGUGAGAUUAACAAAUGCUCUCAAGGUUCACCCCAGGACUCAGCAUCAAUCUUUCACAGGCAAACAUUAUUCUUGGAUAUCCUAUUAUUGUUGAUAUAGCAAUAAGCCUGAAAACAUCUUAAAAAUCCACUUCCCAAGUAAAAGAUCCUAACGAUAGUGGUGACACCAAAGGAAGCCAGGUAUGGCCUCAGCCAGCAUUCUCCCAGCGUCCACCUCCCUGGUCCCUUGGCCUCACUCAAGAGAACCACAGGGGAACGGUCCUCCUUCCCCCCUCUCCGGCCCCACACGCUCUCCUGCCACAAGACUCCUACAGCACCGGAGCCCUCAGCCCCUCCUGGCGGACCAGAGGCCUGGACGCUGCCCAACCGCCUCUCCCUACAUCAGCCAAGGAGAGAAGCCCUCCCUCCCCGUCAGGGACUUCGCAACACUCAGGAUGAAGCACAAGGUCCUGGGCAGCCCAGCUCUGCUCCAGCCCAGCCCCGAUCCCUGCCACGCCAGCCCCACCCUGGCCGAGCCACUGCGGCGGUUCCCCCAGAAACGCUGCGCGCACCCACAGCCCUGCGAGCACGCGGCUCCUGAGCCCCUCUGCCGGGCUGCCCGCUCCCCACCACCCCUGCCGGGCCCAGGCCACGCGGCCUUCCUCCAGCACUUGCCCCAUCCCUGGGCUUCCUCCACUGCAGCUCUGAGCAAACCACGCCGUAACACUUCCCCACACGUUCUUCAAGGACAGGGCCUGUUCCUCAUCUACCAUCCUCAAUGCCUGGCAGAGGGCUUGCCGUGUGGUUGAUACUCAGCAAGUGCUCGCUAGACAAAUAAUGUGCUUUGGUUGCUGGGAUUUAUGCUUGUUGAAUAAAGGAUAAAAGCAUCUUUCAUCUUAGUUCCUCCCUAGUCUCUGGAGGCCGCUGGGUGUUCCCACUCCUUUCCCCCUUUUCCCUGGGAGGAAGCGCCCUCUCUCACCACUGCACACCUGGGAAGGCUCUGGGUUUGAGACGGCCGGGACAGUCUGUACUCAAGGAAGCAGAGGUCAGGAUCCCUGCC